ACCAUACCGACAGAACCCAUUCGUCUAAACCUUGGCUGUACCAAGACCGGCUCCCUACCUCGCUCCCUCGCCUUGCCGUCGCUGCCUAGGAUGGCAGUGCCUGAUUCAGGCUCGUCGGCUGCCGCCUCGUCCUCAUCCUCCGGCCAGCCUCUGCAGCAGAAGCGGCUACAACAGGCAGCAGCAACCAUCAAGAAGUUCUCGGAACAAGACCGGCAGGUGGUGGACCUGGCAGACUACCUCAAUGCGUCCGUCAAUCAACCCUACAAGCUCUACCUCUCCUCCCCAUGGGCUAGUCUUCGCAAGGUGCAGACUCUAACCAUUCCCGAUGCCGUGAUUCAAGCAAGUACCUCUGCUCGAUCCUUUGCGGCUCAAGGUCUCUUCCCCGAGAUUGAGCGCGCUUGGAUCAUCAUAGACAGCCAGCUCUUCCUCUGGAAUUACCUCGAAGGCAGCUCAUCCGCCUUCGAGUCCUAUGUUCAUCCUACCGACAUCAUCCAGUCCGUCUCCCUGGUCGCCCCCAAAGCCGGCGUCUUCAUCGAUUCGAUCAAGCAUCUCCUCGUCAUCUCCACGCAGCAGUCAGUGACCAUUCUUGGCCUGGCAAUUGAGACGACCCCACCUCCGAAUGCCCAGAGGGAGUUGCGGCUUUACCAGACAGACUUCUCCUUGCCCACUUCUGGCGUCGUGAUGCGAGACUUUGUCGCAACCUCAGAUGGCAGUAGGUUGUUCUGCCGAGGAAGUGAUGCCUGCUUGUACGAGCUUUACUACCAAGCAAAGGAAGGCUGGUUUAGCUCAAAAUGUAGCUUGAAGAAUCUCACCAGCGGAGGGGUUCGGAAUCUGUUGCCAGGAUGGGCUGGAGGAGCAACCAAAGGCUCUCUGGAGAGCAUCGUUGUUGAUCACUCCAGAGCCCUCUUCUACGUCCUCGAGUCGCGGCGGACCAUCUCUUCGUACUCGAUUCCCUCGGCGCUCAAUGGCGGCGUCCCGCAGCUCGUGACGACCUUGCGGGACAUUCACCGGACUGCCUCCCUAAUCUCACCCCAGAACGCAUCCCUUCUCCGUCAAGAGGACUUCGCUAUCAUCAGUCUACAGCCCAUCAGGGCUGAGGAGAGCAGGACGAUCUGCCUCUUGGCUACCACUAGUAAUGGCGUACGUCUGUACUUUACAAAUCAGCGUAGCGGUUAUCGCGCGUUCACAGCACCUUCCACGAGUCUAGGUGGAUCAUCUACUCUGGAGCUUCUCUACGUCAGACCACCACCUGCUUCUGGACUUAGCCCCACGCCGCUUCCCCCAACUGGGUCCAACUCAGGUUCAGCUGAUCAGAGCGAUUAUCCUCAAGCUCAACCGCCCCUGCAACGUUUGAGCCACGCGAUCUACAAGGAUGGGCAUUUCCUUGCGGCUGCUGCGUACCCGUACGGCAAUGGUCUCGACAAUGUUCUAUGCAUCAGUCGAGGAAGCUCUAGCGCUACCAUUCUCAACAAUACCACGGUCUCAGCUGGGCAGAAUGGCGAAAGUGCGACGACGAGUACGUCUGUGAUACCUUCUUCUGGGCCUGCGUCAGCCUCUACUCCUGCUGAUCCGGCAGAGCAAGCAACGAACGUUUUGAUACAAGGAGCUACUUGGGCUUUGGCGGAGGUCCCGAGGCCGAACGUGGGCCCCGCUUCCCUCAACCCCCUCGUGCGCCAAAUGACAAGCUUGCCAAGGACUUUCUUGGCCCUCACAAGUACAGGGUUGACAGUUCUGGUAGAGAAUAGGCCGAUGGACCUCCUACGAGAGCUCUUGGACAGAGCAAGUGCUGCAUCUGGCCAAGGAAAUGCCGAGACCGUUGGCCUGGUAGAGGUGUUCAAGCGCUUUGGACAAGCCCAGUCAUGCGCGAUGGCUUUGGCCAUUGCAACUCGCAACUCCCACGCCUCCUUCUCUUUGGAAGCGCUCCUGUCCGUGUCACGACCCAGUGCAAGCGCUUUUUCUGCUCAGAUGCACACAGCCGAAUCUCUACUCAACGCCACCAGAAUCUACUUUGACUAUGGAGGCCUACCCAGAUACGAUCCACCGCCGUAUCCUCAUCAGCCGAUGUCGGAGGGCAGGGUAGUACUGAGUGGACGUCAUGAGGGCCUUGGCGUAUACGCAACUCGGCUGCUUCAGAGUCUUUGGGAGAAGAAGAUCAAGGAAGUCGGACGCGUAGUAGGUACUCAAUCAGCAGACGCCAUCGUGGGCAAGGACAUGGAAGAGCUGAGGUCUUUCGUCAGAACUCACGCUGAGGCGUACGGGCUCAACAACAAGCGGGGCGGCAGCAACGCGCCAGGCGGCGGCGGCGAGGGCGAGCUGCUCGCUCAGAAGACAGAGCAGGAAAGCCUACGGGCUCUCAAUGCUCUAUUGGAACGGUCAAUUGAGGCCUUGAGCUUCGUGAUCCUGUUGGGUGAUUUUGGCUGGGAGAGAGUCCUGAGCAAAGUCGGCGAUGUAGUCAGGGCCAAGGUGGACUCGAUGUCAUUUGGCGACCUUGUCUUGGAGGUGUCGAGCGCGGAACAAAGUGGCUCUGCAGGAGGCCCUCCUGGCUCGGCGUCCUCAGGCCAAGGUCAGCAGGCGAUUUCGCGCUCCCUCGUAGAAGCCAUCAUCGAUCUACACUCUGUCUCCUCGCCGUCCGGCAUGGAUGUCAUUGCUGACCUGCUUCAAUCGCGUUGCUCAUCUUUCUGCGAUGCCAACGAUGUUCGCCUGUACAAGGCUCUGGAACACAUUCGCCAAGCCAAGGAGUCUGCCCCGGGCCUCAAGAGGGACGAGGCGCUAAGGGAAAGUGAGAUGCUGAUGAUGAAGGCUAGUCGUCGAUUGCCAUUUGAGCGACUGCAAGAAGUUGUCGGUCUCUGGAACUCAAUGUCUUGGGUCAGCGCAGCCAUUCAGCUACCCCUCAGGUGUGCUCAGGAAUGGGACCCCCAUGGCUUUGCAAGGGCAUACCGAGCAGAUGGCAUGAGGGCGAGUGACGAUACCCGUAAAGCUGCCUACGAUGUGGCCAUGAAGUGCUACGGUCUCGUGCUAGACACGCUCAAAUCCCUCGAUGAGAAGGCGGACGCUACUCCUCAGGCGGUCGGAGUCGAGACACUGCGAUCGACGGCGUAUGGUAUUGUUCAGCAAUCAAUGGAUCCCUUGCUCCACGAGGCCCUAUACGACUUCCUGCUCCGAUCAGGAAGGCGGGAGCAGCUCCUGGGCAUGACUACGCCUUUCCUGGAAGCGUACCUGCAACAGGAACCACUCACACUGGAGAAGCUAGAGAUGCUCUGGCAGUGCUAUACCCGUCGCGGUGAGGGGGCUUCGGCUGCACGUGUGCUCGUCGGCUUGGCGGAGAGUACCGAAUUGGAUCUCACUCUGUUCCAACGUGUGGAGUACCUGACACUUGCGUCCAACAAUGCAAAGUCGUCUACCCUGGGCGGAGGGUUGAGCGAUCUGAAUCAUGCGACGGUUGCCUUUGUUGCGGAAAUCGAGGAGAAGUUGGAGGUUGCUCAGGUUCAGGUCGAAGUGUAUAGGGCUAUUAGCGAGCUGGACGAUCUGGAAGAAGACAAGAAGGCAGGUCUUCUAGAUGACCUCGACUCCAGUCUUCAUGACAUCUCUACGCUGUAUCGCGACUUUGCGGAUCCUCUUGGCCUUCACGACGUCAAGAUCCUCAUCUUCCAGGUGUCAGACUUCCGAGAUGUUGAGCUGGUGGCAGAGACCUGGGAGCUCAUCCUAGACCGUGCUCACCAGGAAGGCGGCCGAUUGCUCUCACCUGACCGUGCAUACGAGAGGGUUGCGGCGGUUGUGAUCGAGCUGGGAAGGAGACACAUGAACUCUGACUUUGCCUGUCCCAUUGAUGUCCUCGUUCGCAAUCUGGAGCACUAUGCCUUCACACAGCGUUCCUCCCAGCCCAUCCCCAUCGGCUGGGCACCACAGACCCUCCUGGCUGCGAGUGCGUCUCCAGAAGCCAUCUUCGAUGUCCUAGAAGGUCUGUUCCAAUCCAAGGUCGAACCAUGGCAGACCAAGUCUUCGAUUGUCUUUCUUUUGAGCGACCUCUACCAGCUCAUCUCCAUCUGGCUAGGUAGUCAUCUCAACUCUAGUGGGUACGACACUCUGCCCUCGUCGAACAGGAGGAGCAUCGCCCUCUCGCGCUCUUCGUCCUCCUUUGGAGGCUUAGAUGUCAUGGAGAGCUUCCCUGCAAAGAGGGUCGACGACUCGCUGGACGCAUAUCUGUCUACACUCAAUUCGCUACUGGGUCAAUUGAGAGAGGUGGAGGAUGGACAGCUGGCGAGGGAGAGUAUCAAUGGGAUGAAGGUGCUGCAGGAUCGACUCAGGCAGGCCUUCUAA